AUGGGAAAUGCGUUCAUGCCGCUCGCGCACCGGCCGCAAGGAUCUGGUGGAGUCGGAUCCACGGCUCUGAUCGCCGGCCUUCGCGUGAUUCCGGUGGAUGUCUUGGAAGACGACAAGUCGUACGUCUUACGCGCAGAUCUCCCGGGGAUGAAGAAGGAGGACGUCAAUGUGGAAGUCGACGGACAAAUCGUCCGUAUCAGUGCGACGAAGAAGGAUUCGAAGAAGUGGGAAGACGAAGGGUACAAGUAUCACAGAGCAGAACGUCGGGAUACGAUGGAGUACUCGCAACGUGCUUUGAGAAUGCCGCAGAAUACCGAUUUCAGCAAGCUCGAAGCUUCGUUCGAUGACGGCACUCUCACCGUGACUUUCGGUAAGCAAGCCACGUCCACGCCCACAGCGAAGACCAUUGCGAUCAAGUGA